CUUCGCAUUAUUUCCCUCCAGCCUCUUCAUUUGGUUGCAUCCCCGCCAAAUACGUUUCUACAGUUCUACUUCCUUUCUCGCAAAAAUAAAUGUUAACAGGAAGAGAGAGCUUGAUUCGACUGAUAGGUAAACGCCGUCGUUUUCUUCCCAAUCGUCACACACUCCUUCAGGACAAUACUGCUAAAGAAGAUGAACAAAUUCAGCAAAAUGAAGUAUCAACAACAACAACAACAACUGAUGACUGGGUAUCAUGCCCUGUUUGCGGAACCCGAAUUCGCGGCGAAGACUCCGUUAUAAACUCGCAUUUAGAUGUAUGUCUAUCUAGUGGGAAAAGACGAAAAUUGACUCAACGCACCUUACAUCAGCUCAACUUUUGCUCACAAUUACAGAAAGCAAGUAGUAGUGUUGUACAGAACGACAUUGAUACUGGCUCGAUUAAGUCUGUUGCUGCCGGUGUUGAAAAUGAUGAGAGUAAUCCUUGUGAAGCGAUACCAUUGUUUAUCGAGCCUAUUUCUGUUGAGAAUGAUGAUAGUAAUCCUUGUGAAGCAAUGCCAUUGUUUAUCGAACCUAUUUCUGUUGAAAAUGGCAUGUCUAGUGAAGCGGAGAAAUCAUUUGAUGGGCAUAGGACCAAUUUCCAUGCUGAUCCUCCUUCAUUGACAUUGAAAGAUGGUGUGUCUGAAUUUGAUUCAACCACAACUUUGGAUGGUAUAUUGGCGACGCCUUUUGAAACUUUCAUCGUCGGCCGUAGGUUUAGUGUUAAGAAGGAAGUAAACCUUGGGGAAAGAAUCUGUCUUUUGAGAGACCCGGAAAAUGUGAAGGACCCAAAUGCAAUUAAGGUUCUUUUGGAAGAUUCUGCACUCUGUAUAGGGCUUGGCUUCCUUCCCCGAGAACUAGCUCAGUCUUUAUCUCCGUUAAUUGAGAAGUACUCUCUAGCCUUUGAGGGACAUGUGAUUUCUGUACCCAAAAGUUCUCUUGAUGCUGUUCCAAUUCAGGUUGUGUGCUGCAAAGUGAUGUCACAUGGUGAUAGAGACCAUAGUGAAGUUGAAGCUUUUAAGUGUCUAUGGAGAAACAUGCUUCAUGUAGUUGAAUCUGCAAAAAGUUACGAAAGUAGUAAUACAAAAUAUCAACAGAACUUUUGUUUGUUGGUUCAAGAGGUUUUGAGAGGCAACCCUCACCUUUUCACUGAUGGUGAGAAAACUUUCAUGGAAUCAUUUGUUUUUCUUUCAGAUGACAGUCAGAGGCUUUUUGUUCGACUUUACACACGGAAAGGCCCAUGGUUCCGGUUGUCUAAUAUUAUCUACCCAGAAGUUUUUGAUACUAAGCAGGCAAUCAAGGAGCUUUCUGCAACAGGCUAUAUAUAUUCGUUUGAAGAUUCAAAAAAUCUACCAAACAGUGACAUUAAAGAAAUUUUGAAUGUGCUUACCAAGUCUGAGCUACGUGAAAUUUUGUGCAUGCUUAAGAAGAAUGGCACUCAGUCGGGAAGGAAACAGGAAAUUAUUGCAUAUCUUUUGUCAACUUAUAAAGAUGGAACAUGCUUAUUCCUACCAACUGAAGUUUUCAAUCGAACAGGAAUGUGUAUAAAGAUAUCUUCAAAGGCUGAAUCCCUUAUUUGGCGUGCUGAGAGACUUUUCUUCAUGAAUGGAGAGCAGGAUCUAUCGGCAUUUUUACUAGUUGAUUUGGGAAUAGUCAAGUAUCCAACGUACAACUGCAUUAUAUCAGAACAUAUUUUUUCAACUCGAAGUAAUUUUCUAGCUUAUGAAGAGGCGAUUGAAGUGGCACAGAUAAUGGAUGAGUCUCUUGAGGAAAAUAAGAAUGAUUUGGUCUUAAGAUGCAUAAACAUAGCUGAAUCCUUUUUAUCAAGCUCUACUGCAAAAGAACCUCAAUCUAUGACCUCUGACACAGCGGUUGCAACUCUUUCAUGCUUCUCAGCAUCAUGGGUAUACUCAAAAGUGGUUUUUCUUGGAAUUUCAUUUCUUGAGCAUGAGCGCAGGUACCAAGAUGCGAUUGGCAUGUUGAAGAGAUUGCUGGCUUGUUUUCCAUGUGAUAGAAGGAGAGGUUAUUGGAUACUGAGAUUAUCAAUUGAUUUGGAGCAUAUAGGUUGCCCCAAUGACAGUCUUUUAGUUGCUGAAGAUGGUUUAUCAGAUCCAUGGGUACGUGCUGGUUCAAGAAUAGCAUUGCAAAAGCGAGUUCUUCGCCUGGGAAAGCCUCCAAGGCGUUGGAAAGUUCCCAGCUUCUCGCAAUCCAUGAAGAGGAAGAUCAAGGAGGUUCAUAUUCAGGGGAGACCUUUGAACAGUGAAGUCGGAAAGAAGAGUAGGUUCUAUGGAGAAGAUGGGGAGCAGUGUGGAGUAGAGCAGCUUGCUUUGCAAUAUUAUGCUGGCGAUGGAGGUGGAUGGCAAGGUGUUCAUGCAGAGAGUGGCAUUUGGUUGACCAUUUUCGGGCUUCUUAUGUGGGGCAUUAUUUUUUCAGAUGUACCAAAUGUCUUCCUCAACAGAUUUCAGACUGCCCCAUUGGACUUGGAGACUGAUGGCUUCUACACAGCAAGAAAGACUCUUAUAGAAUCUCACUUGCAGAAAAUUCAUGAUGGUCUGGCUGAGGAGAUCAUCAUCGAAUCAUGGGAACUAAAUUCAGGAACAUCUUGUAGAGGAGUCAAUUGGGGUCGGUUUUCUCUCUCUGAAGUUCGUGCUGCUGUUACUUGCAUCGGAGGCCCUUGUUUGGCUUCACUCUGCAGGCAUCUUGCCCAAGACUAUCGUAGCUGGUCCAGUGGAAUGCCAGAUUUAUUCUUGUGGCGCUUCUAUGAAGAAUACAGAGGAGAAGCCAAGCUCGUCGAAGUUAAAGGUCCCAAGGAUCGUCUCUCUGAACAGCAGCACGCAUGGCUCUUGCUGUUAAUGGAUUGUGGAUUCAAUACGGAAGUUUGUAAAGUAAGCCCCGUGUCAUUUGAUACAUGAUUUUUAUGUGCUGCACGGAUUCAGGACAAUUUUUUUAAUGAGGAUCAACUUAAGGCUGACCAGAUUUUCAAGGACAACCUUUUUAGCAAGAUUCAAUAUUGGAAAAACAGUUCUCCAUAAAUUGGAGGCAGAGAGACUAUUAUACAAGUAGUUCAUAUGUACUAUACUAUAGUUUUAUUGAACUCAAAAUUUGAUUAACAUCACUAAAAAUUUGAUUCUCAAGUGAUGCAGUCAAACAUCUUUAUAGGGACAUUAAGCAUUUUGGAGUCUAUAGUUUCUAUUAUAUAAUAUAAUUUUGAAAGUA